CGGGGUCAGGCGGGGUCAGUUAGCGCGGGAGCCCGGCGCGGAGGCUCCUGGGCUGCGGCUCGCCGGGAACGGAAGCCGCUGCGGGACGCGGAGGAAGCCAGGAUGGCGACUCCGAGCGGAAAGGCUGUUACCCCCAACCCCCAGGUUUCCAAGAGGUCUCUCCCUAGAGAUGCUUCCUCCGAGGUCCCGAGCAAGAGAAAGAACUCGAACCCGACGUCGACGCUGCCGCGGCCGUCCGGACUCUUCGUCGAGGGCUCGAUCGUCCGCAUCGCCAUGGAGAACUUCUUAACAUAUGAUAUUUGUGAAGUGUCUCCUGGGCCCCAUCUGAAUAUGAUUAUUGGAGCCAAUGGGACAGGGAAGUCAAGUAUAGUGUGUGCCAUUUGCCUUGGACUAGCAGGCAAGCCUGCCUUCAUGGGACGCGCAGAUAAGGUUGGGUUUUUCGUGAAGAGAGGAUGUUCCAAAGGUUUGGUUGAAAUUGAACUGUUCAGGACUUCGGGAAAUCUUAUAAUCACCCGUGAGAUUGAUGUGAUAAAAAAUCAGUCCUUUUGGUUCAUCAACAAAAAACCUGUAACCCAGAAGAUAGUGGAAGAACAGGUUGCAGCCUUAAACAUCCAAGUGGGCAAUCUGUGCCAGUUCUUGCCUCAGGACAAAGUUGGGGAAUUUGCUAAACUCAGCAAAAUUGAACUCCUUGAAGCUACUGAGAAGUCAAUUGGUCCUCCAGAGAUGCACAGAUACCACUGUGAACUCAAAAACUUCAGGGAGAAGGAGAAGCAGCUAGAGACCUCUUGCAAAGAGAAAACUGAAUAUCUAGAGAAGAUGAUUCAGAGAAAUGAAAGGUACAAACAAGAUGUGGAAAGAUUCUAUGAACGAAAACGACAUUUAGAUUUAAUUGAGAUGCUCGAGGCAAAGAGACCAUGGGUGGAAUAUGAGAAUGUACGUCAGGAAUAUGAAGGUGUGAAACUAAUUCGUGACCGAGUAAAGGAAGAGGUCAGGAAACUUAAAGAAGGGCAGAUUCCUAUGACACGGCGGAUUGAAGAAAUUGAAAGGCAGCGUCGCACUUUGGAACUUCGAAUCAAAGAAAAGUCAGCUGACAUUAAGGAAGCGUCUCAGAAAUGCAAGCAAAGGCAAGACUUGAUUGAACGGAAGGACAGACAUAUUAAGGAACUUCAGCAGGCAUUAACAGUCAAGCAGAAUGAAGAGCAUGACCGGCAGAAGAGAAUCAGUAACACCCACAAGAUGAUAGAGGAUCUGCAGAAUGAGCUCAAGACUGCAGAAAAUUGUGAGAACCCUCAGCCUCAGAUUGAUGCCAUCACAAAUGAUCUGAGGCGCGUUCAGGAGGAGAAGGCAGUAUGUGAAGGCGAGAUCAUUGAUAAACAGAGAGAAAAGGAAAUGCUGGAGAAGCAGAAACGGAGUGUCAAUGAUCAUAUCAUACGUUUUGACAAUCUUAUGAAUCAGAAAGAAGAUAAGCUGAGACAGAGGUACCGGGAUACGUAUGAUGCAGUCUUGUGGCUGAGAAAUAACAGAGACAGGUUUAAACAAAGAGUCUGUGAACCCAUAAUGCUCACGAUUAAUAUGAAAGAUAAUAAAAAUGCAAAAUAUGUUGAAAAUCAUAUUUCAUCAAAUGACUUAAGAGCCUUUGUGUUUGAAAGUCAAGAAGAUAUGGAGAUUUUCCUCAGAGAGGUUCGUGACCAUAAGAAAUUAAGAGUAAAUGCUGUUAUUGCUCCCAAGAUUUCAUAUGCAGACAAAGCACCUUCAAGAUCUCUGAAUGACUUAAAACAGUAUGGAUUUUUUUCAUACCUUCGAGAGCUAUUUGAUGCACCCGACCCUGUGAUGAGUUACCUUUGCUGCCAGUACCAUAUUCAUGAGGUUCCUGUAGGAACUGAAAGGACUCGAGAAAGAAUUGAACGGGUAAUACAAGAAACUCGAUUAAAACAAAUUUAUACAGCAGAAGAAAAGUAUGUGUUAAAAACUUCUUUCUAUUCAAAUAAAGUUAUUUCUAGUAAUACAUCCCUGAAAGUAGCCCAGUUCCUCACAGUUACUGUGGAUCUAGAGCAAAGGAGACACUUGGAAGAACAGCUAAAGGAAAUUAAUAGAAAACUGGAAGCAGUGGACUCAGCAUUGGUAGUCUUGCGGGAUACAAACAGGAACCUCGAGCUCAAAGACAAUGAGCUGAGGCUGAAGAAGAAGGAUCUUCUUGAAAGAAAAACCCGGAAAAGGCAACUGGAACAGAAAAUCAGCUCCAAGCUGGCAAGUAUAAGGCUGAUGGAACAGGAUGCUUGUAAUCUGGAAGAGGAAGAACGAAAAGCAAGUACCAAAAUAAAAGAAAUAAAUGUUCAGAAAGCAAAACUUGUUACUGAAUUAACAGGCCUUGUAAAGGUAUGCACUUCUUUUCAUAUUCAAAAAGUUGAUUUGAUUCUUCAAAAUACUACCGUGAUCUCUGAGAAGAACAAAUUAGAAGCAGAUUACAUGGCAUCGUCCUCCCAGCUUCGCGCUACAGAGCAACAGUUCAUUGAAUUGGAUGACAACAGACAGAGAUUGUUGCAGAAGUGCAAGGAACUUAUGAAGAGAGCUAGGCAAGUAUGUAACCUGAGUGCAGACCAAGCCGUUCCACAAGAAUUCCAGACACAAGUACCCACCAUUCCAAAUGGACACAGCUCCUCACCCCCCAUGGCUUUUCAAGAUCUCCCAAACACAUUGGAUGAAAUUGAUGCAUUAUUAACUGAAGAAAGAUCAAGAGCUUCCUGCUUCACAGGACUAAAUCCUUCGGUGGUUGAGGAGUACACAAAAAGAGAAAUAGAAAUACAGCAGUUAACUGAAGAACUAAAGGGGAAGAAAGUCGAACUAGAUGAAUACAGGGAAAACAUUUCGCAGGUGAAAGAAAGGUGGCUAAACCCCUUAAAGGAGCUAGUAGAAAAAAUCAAUGAGAAGUUCAGCAACUUUUUUAGUUCCAUGCAAUGUGCUGGUGAAGUUGAUCUUCAUACAGAAAACGAGGAAGAUUAUGAUAAAUACGGAAUCCGGAUUAGAGUGAAAUUUCGCAGUAGUACUCAGCUGCAUGAAUUAACUCCUCAUCAUCAGAGUGGAGGUGAAAGAAGUGUCUCUACCAUGCUGUACUUGAUGGCACUCCAGGAGCUUAACAGAUGUCCAUUCAGAGUAGUUGAUGAGAUUAAUCAGGGUAUGGACCCAAUUAAUGAGCGGAGAGUAUUUGAAAUGGUUGUGAACACUGCCUGUAAAGAGAACACAUCCCAGUACUUCUUCAUCACACCCAAGCUUCUACAAAAUCUUCCUUAUUCUGAAAAGAUGACAGUAUUGUUUGUCUACAAUGGUCCUCAUAUGCUGGAGCCAAACCGAUGGAAUUUAAAGGCUUUUCAGAGGCGUCGCAGAAGGAUUACCUUCACUCAGCCUUCUCAGUGAAAGGAAAGGGAGGGGCCUUCAAAGGUUUUUUCGUUUAACUGUUUAUACAUGUCGCCUAAGUGAAUAAAAGUUAGCAGAUUUAUUGAAAGAGAAAGAUUGGUUAUUUUUGGAAACCUGCUUUAAAAACGAAUAGGAUGAUAAAGUGAGGACCACAGUGACUCUGGAACAUUUUCUAGUGAAAACUAAGUCUUCAGUUUUGGUGGACCUUGUCUCAUUAGUCCUCUGGGAGCACGGGAUUGCUGUGUGAAGCUUUGUGCUGCUCCUCGGUUGUGGUGGCACACAUCUAGCCCAGCAUUUAGGAGGGGGAGGCAGGAAGGUCAUAAGUUUGAGUGGUUUUGUGUGUCAUAACAGAAAAGGCUAUUUCUUGUUGCAAAUCAAAGGUAUGACAGAGUGGGGUUUCAUUCCCAGAGCGUUUACUAACUAAACAGUGCCGAGUGCUGAUUGCAGAGCAUUCUGACUUUAAGAGAGUAAAGGCAACUCAGGAUUAGAAGUCCCACUUUUCUUCCAGUAUUACAUUUAGUUUUUAAAAACUAGUAUGGAAGCCAAGGCUACACAGAGAAACCCUGUCUCAAAAAAAACAAAAAAAAACAAAAAAAAAACUAGUAUGGGAAUAAAUAUCUGCUUAAUAGAUAGUGAUUGAUGGCAGAUCUGUUCAUUUCUUUGUGUUAAAAAAAAAAGUUCCCUUAUUUUCAUAGAAAAUAUGUUAUAGGCAACUUUUAUUGCUAUUUCAAAGAAUUGGGAAAACAUAUGCAUGGGGCUUCAAAAUGACAGGAGGACUUUGAGAGGUCACAAGGUAAAGAUGAUACAGAAUGUGGCUCAGUCAUUGGCAGGAUGAAAUCAGGUGACAGUAGUUAAAGUGUAACUGUUGUGGUAGGGUUUUUAUGUUUGUUUGUUUAAUUUAAAGUCAAAUGUAUUUUACAUCUUAAAUUUUUAAAAAGCAUUUUUAUAAUUACUUUUAGUAAGAUUUUUCUUAAGAUUUCAUAUACAGGUUUUUACAAUUUGUAUUUGAAUUUUCUCAGUGCUAUGGAAAGAGUGAAGGCAAAGAAUUGAUUGGUUUCAAAUCAUGUUUUUAGAAUUUGUAGGUCCUUCCUUAUACCCUGUAUUUUAGAAAAAUCUCAUCUAAAUUGUUUUCUUCCAUCUUGAAAAUAUUAAUUGAAAACCAUUUAUUUUUCUCUGAGAAUACCAAUUAACAAUGCCAAUCAAAUUCUUUUCUUUUACAAAACUAAAUCUUGAAGGAAAAUAGAAAUGUCUUUGAAUAGUGGACUGAAUCAUAACUUUGAUGGUACUGACAAAAUUAUGUUUUUGACUUGCUAGACUAAAUAAAGUUUGGACUUUGUAUAUUAUUGUAAUAGCCAAUGAAAUUUACAUUUUUAUUAGGUUAAAAAAUAAUGGAACAUGAGUUUAUGUCCUCUCACUUAGACAUUUUCUUUUUUAGAAGUUGUAUUUCUUUUUAAAACUUGUAAAAGAACCCUUCCCUCUUAAACUAAGUCUCAUACAUGUAGUAUAAAAAUAUUUUUAAUAACAUUUUUAUCAGCAUGAACAAGUUGAAAAAUUAAAAAAACUUGGUAGCAUAUUAGUGAAGCGUAUUACUAAACAUUUGUGUUGUUGCUUGGAUUUCUGAUAUAAUAUCUUCACUGAUAUGUACUUGAUUGUUUUUAUCAUUUCAAUGUGAAACAAAAACAAAACAUACUUAAAACUCACAUCAGUGAUUCCUUUUCAGUUUAUACAUGCCACAAACAAUUACAUAUCAUGCUUAUAAGCUUUGAGAGAGCAAAAUUAAUGUUGUUUUAUAUUGAAUUUUGGGCUGGGAAGGAUAAAUUAUGUAUCAUUUAUCAUAUUUAACAUAGUCAAACAGUAUAAUGUCAUUUUUUGCAACUGUUGAUUUUUUAAAUUAUAUUCAAAUUGUAAAAAUUCCAAGUAAAAGCCUGAUUUGAUAAAUAAAAUAUUUAAAACCUGACAGUUACAAAUAUUUUUAAUGACUAAAUUUUUACAUUGAUUUGCCUGAGGUCAGUCUCUGUUAGAAAGUUUCUCAUUUUCAAAAAAAAAAAAGAUUGUCUUCUUGUUUUGUAAGUUUUAUUUAUUUUAUGUGAAUAGUUGUUUUGCCUGCAUGUUUGUCUAUAUACCUGGUACUUGCUAAGGCUGGAAAAGAGCAUCAGAUCUCCUCGGAGUGGAGUUAAAGAUAGUUGUGAGCUGCUAUGUGGGUGUUGGGUAUAGAAACUGGGUCCUGUGGAAGACCAGCCAGUAGACUUAACCACUGAGCCAUCUCUUCAGUCCCAAAAAGAGAUUUCUUGCUGUUUUCCAAUAGCCUUGGAUAUAAGCCUGUAGCACAUGAGGGGCAUCACUUCAUUCUGGUUUGUGUAAAUGUAACUGAUUAAAACUAUGUUGUAAAUGCUACUUUGUUGAUAAUAAAUAUGUAUUUUUCCAUUGGUA